CACUCCACGCUCCUUUUGUUGUAACCUUCACUUCUAACUUCGACCAACUCAACUCUACUUUCUCUCUUUCCUUUUCUUUUCCUAACAAAAGAAAAAAAAAACAAUAAAUAGAAAAUAAAAAGAAAGAUAGAAGAAAAAAAAAACCGUUCAGUUUUGGAAUAGUUGAGUUCAAAUUUCAGUUGAAUGAUUCUUUCCGCCGCCGUGAAAUGUUACCGGCGGGAAACAUAACAACAAUUUUCCGGCACCGGAGAAGAAGAUCUCGCUAAAAUGGAAACUCAGAAGAGUCAAUCAAAGCUUACAAGAACACAAUCUUCACUUCUCAAUCUCACUUCUUCACCAACAAUUCGAUCUUCAUCGAUUCAAAGCCUUUCUUCCAUCAACGAUUGUUACUACGACGAAGAAGACGACAAAAACAACAAGAAAAUAAAAACCAACAAAAAAAUCCAAACCCCAAGAAUCGGGUCGACCCGAUUAACCACUCCGGUUAUCGCCGUUGUUUCAUUCGGUUCCCUCGGCGCGUGUUCGUUCUUCUUCUACUUCUCCUUCCUCGGUAGCGACGAGGUUCCAACUUCAGAGAAUCUCUUACUCGCUUUGAUUUUCAUCGCCGUUGCUCUUUACUUCAUUUCAAAGAAUAAAGGGUUAAUCAACUACAGUGUCUCCGUUUUGAAACAGUGGUAUGAAAUUAACAUAAAACGGUUCGGGUUAACAAAAACAGAAUCAAAACCGGUUCAAUGGUUCAUCGGCGGUAGUGGUUCAACGGCAACAACAACGAAGACAGCGAUAGAGAAAAAGAAGAUAAAAGAAGGUGUAGAGUUUUACAGCAACGGUGAUUUUUACGAAGGGGAGUUUCAUAAAGGAAGAAGUAACGGAAGUGGUGUGUAUAAUUACUUUGUGAAUGGAAGAUAUGAAGGUGAUUGGGUUGAUGGAAGAUAUGAUGGAUAUGGAAUUGAGAGUUGGGCUAGAGGGAGUAGAUAUAAGGGUCAGUAUAGAAAAGGAAUGAGACAUGGUUAUGGUGUUUAUAGGUUCUAUACUGGUGAUUCUUUUUCUGGUGAAUGGUGUAAUGGUCAAAGUCAUGGUAUGGGUCUUCAAACUUGUUCUGAUGCUAGUACUUAUGUUGGGAUGUUUAAACAUGGUGUUAAACAUGGUCUUGGUUGUUACCAUUUUAGAAAUGGAGAUAGAUAUGCAGGAGAGUAUUUUGGAGACAAAAUUCAUGGAUUUGGAGUGUACCAUUUUGCUAAUGGACAUUGUUAUGAAGGAGCGUGGCAUGAGGGUCGUAGACAAGGUAUUGGCUCGUAUACCUUUCGAAAUGGUGAUCGAAGAUGUGGUGAAUGGGAUGCUGGCAACCUCAAGCAUCCUAUGCCACCUCUAACUGAUGUUGUCCUUCGAGCGAUUCAGGCUGCUAGGAAAACAGCUGAGAAUGCGAUAAACCUUAAGCGGGUCGAAGACCAGGUUAACAAUGCAGUGAUCGCUGCAAACAAAGCCGCCACUGCUGCUAGAGUUGCUGCUGUGAAGGCUGUUCAGAACAGGAUGGAUGGAAAAUUUUGUGAAACUUUUGUAUGACAGAAAUCAAUGUUAGCUGUUGUUUGCAAUUGUAAAUUUUUUACUACUAAUUUUGAGUUACUUGGAAGAUGUCACCCUGAUGAGCUAAAGCUGAUUGGAGGUUGAAAAAAAGAGUAUGCUUUGAUGUUUUUUUUUUUUUUUUUUACCACACUGUAACUUGUAUAUAAAGCAUGUAUAUCAAUGAAAGUUCAAUUUUCUGCAUUUCA